GCUCUGUGCAGACAGCCCUUUAUUGCUGGCAUGUAUCUGAUGAUGUCUGUGGACACUGUCAUUCCUCCUGGGAAGAAAGUUACCAAUGCAGACAUUGCUUGCACUUACACAUCCUCCCCGAUGUAUCCAUUUGCCUUCAGGACACACACACACAGCCUCGGUAAAGUUGUGAGUGGGUACAGGGUUCGAAAUGGACAGUGGACUCAGAUUGGACGCCAGUCUCCAUUAUUGCCGCAGCCUGAAAUGAAGACGUAUGUAGAGGGUUGUUUGUUCAUGUGUCCUUGUUUCCUUCCUCACAGAGGCACCUCCAAUGAUGAGAUGUGUAAUUUCUACAUCAUGUACUACAUGGACAACAGCCGUGCUGUGCCUUACAUGAGCUGCGGAGAUGACAGCAGUAGUGAACUGUUCCGAAACAUCCCUUCUGAGGCCAAUAUUCCCAUCCCGGUCAGUCCAGACCACAUGAUGUCCAUGAAGCAUGAGUCAGCUCCUCAGAAAGAUGUUGUGGCUCUGCAGGAGCCCAAGAGAGAAGAGGAAGUUCUGGAUCAGGGUGACCUCUAUUCCCUUCUCUCUAAACUGCUGGGGGAGAGGGAGGAUGUUGUCCACAUGCAUAAGUACAACCCCACAGAGGUGGCCCGAGCCCAGAAACAUCUCAUGGCAGAGAUUGAUAGCAUAAUGCAAAAAAAAGACCUGGGCUGGCCACGUUUAGGCUACAAAACAAAAGAGGAUGCAAUUCUGGCGAGGGACAGAGUGCACAAGUUUCACCAGUUAGAGUCCACUGUCAGCCCCUCAAGGAGCAGGACUGUAUCCGCCAGACAGCCGACCACAGGGGAGGCUCAGAGGGACCAACAAGGUGCUCAUCUGGUGGAGGUGUCAGACUGGCCCGAGGCAGAUCUGCAGCUGGGGCAAGUGUCUGGUCUGGCUCUCAACUCUAACGGUGACCUGAUCAUCUUCCACAGAGGAGAUCACAUAUGGGGAAUUAACUCCUUCAUCAAUGGCAUCUACCAGCAGAAGGAUCUGGGUCCCAUCCAGCAGUCCACGAUCAUGGUGGUGGAUCCAGUCAAAGGAAAAGUGCUCAAAGCCUCAGGAAGAAAUAUGUUCUAUAUGCCGCAUGGAAUAACUACUGACAAGGACGAUAAUUACUGGGUGACCGAUGUAGCACUUCAUCAGGUAAUCAAACUGAGCAGCGACGGUAAUGAUCGGCAGCUUCUGGUCUUGGGAGAAGCUUUUGAACCAGGAAGUGACAAGAAACACUUCUGCCAGCCUACAGAUGUGGCUGUGGACCCUGUUACUGGAAACGUCUAUGUCUCAGACGGCUACUGCAACUCCAGGAUCCUCAAAUUCUCACCAGAGGGCAAAUAUAUCUCGCACUGGGGAGCAGGCUCCUUAGACAGAAAACGGCGUGUCCCGUUCUGGAUCCCGCACAGCCUGGCCUUCCUGCCGGAUAAACGGGAGCUGUGUGUGGCCGAUCGAGACAACGGACGGAUCCAGUGCUUCAUGGCAGAUACUGGCGAGUUUGUGAAGGAGAUCAAAAAAGAGCAGUUUGGAGGAGAAGUGUUUGCCAUUGCAUACUCGCCUGCCCAAGGUGGUCUCAUCUAUGCGGUGAAUGGAGAGCCUCCAUAUGGGCAGGCCGCCCCCCUUCAAGGCUUUGUUAUCAAUUAUUCAACUAAAGAGAUCCUGGAUUCCUUCAGUCCAGACACACAGGCAUUUAAAUUACCACACGACAUUGUUGUUACAGCAGACGGGAGCGUCUUUGUUGGAGACGCAGCAUCAGAUUCUGUAAUAAAGUUUGUUCUAUCUGCAAAGGCAGAACAUCGCUCUGUUAAGAAAGGAGGAAUCGAGGUCCAAGAAAUUGAAGAAACAGAAACGUUUGUGCAGGCCAAUCUGAAGCCGUUACCCAAGUUCGCGCCUCAGCAUCCAGUAGCUGCAGUGCAGAAGAUGCAGGAGCCGUCACAGACACAGCCUCAGCAGCCGCCGGCAGCUGCUGAAGAGAAGAAGACGCUCAAGAUCGUGGCCAAUCAGAGCGCUCCGGGCAUGUCCACCGCUAUCAUCACCACUCUACUGCUCGUCCCAUUGGUGCUCGUCAUCACCAUCGGUGUCUUCAUCCGCUGGAAGAGGGGCCGGAUGUACAGCGAUGAUUGUCAGGUGAAGUUGGAUUCUUCAGGAUCAGCAGGAGGAAUCCUGGGUAAAAUCAGAGGCAAAGCUGCAGGAAGCUUGAACCUGGGGAAUUUCUUUGCCUCCCACAAAGGCUACACCCGGCACGGCUUCGACAGGCUCAGCACCGAGGGAAGCGACCUGGAGAAAGACGAGGACGGCACCGACUCUGAGAACGAGGAGUACUCUGCUCCGCCGGCCCCGAUGUCCUCGUCCUAAAGAGCCAACGCUUUCUGCUAGCGCUGUCGGGAUCUACUUUAAUCACCUCUGUAUUUGUUUGUAUCGGCUGCUGAAACAUUUCAUCCGGUGUGAAAAUGUUCUCCCUGAGACCUACGACUGCCACUUUAAUUUAUGAUUUUAAGGGACCACAUGGAGAUUCAGAGCACUGGUCAUUUUGAUGAUAGACUUUUCAUUGUUAUUUUUAACAGAAGGGUAAAGGUAGAUUAUUUAUUUAGUUUUAACGAUGAACAGCUGUUCAAUCUCUUCCAGUAAUUUAGCAGUCUGAUAGCAGUGCAAUUAGUAUAUAAUUGAUCCAGGCAUUUUGUGUCCUAACAUUUCUGUAUGUCUGUGCCUUCAUGUAUUUCGCCUUCUGCAGCACCUAUAUAUUACUACAGAUGUGCCACAUAUUUAAGAGCUGCUACUGUCACCUGUGAUUCCAGUUGUUUUUUUGCAUCUGAUAAAAAAAACAAAAAAAAAACAUGAUUACAGAUUUAAGGCUGUAUUUACUACAUUUUCAAAGCUAAUGUGAGAUGUGUCUGAUAUUUGCUGUGAUACUGAGGUUUUAUUGCAAGACAACUAUUUUCAGUAACAAUGUUAUUUGUGUAAUAAAGUGUCUGCAAAGCAUCACCUCUUU